AGGAGAGGAAAGGAGAAGAGGAAGAGGAUGAGGAUGAGGAUGAGGAUGAGGAUGAGGAGAGGGUAGAUGCAGCAGAGAGGGAGAGCGUGCAACCGAAGAUCGAGGAGUUUCUCAAGAUCUCGUAUCGCAAUUGAAGGCAAUUAAUUAGCAUUCACAAUCAAUCACAUUCCCUUUCUUUCUCGAACCAAACCGAAUUGCAUCAUCCAAUUCCAAUCCAUGGCUUCCGGUACUGAUGAGCGUGAAGUUCAGAAAACCUACUGGAUCCAGCAUUCAGCUGAUUUGUCCGUGGAGGCAAUGAUGCUCGAUUCCAAAGCUGCUGAUCUGGACAAGGAAGAGAGACCCGAGGUACUUUCUCUAUUACCAGAUUAUGAAGGAAAAUCAGUUGUAGAGCUUGGAGCAGGUAUUGGAAGAUUUACUGGAGAAUUGGCUCUCAAAGCUGGUCACUUGCUUGCUGUCGACUUCAUUCAGACUGCAAUAAACAAGAAUCAAACCAUUAAUGGACACCACAACAAUGUCACCUUUCUGUGUGCUGAUGUCACAUCUCCAAACUUGCAUGUUUCUCAAGGAUCAAUUGAUGUCAUUUUCUCUAAUUGGUUGCUUAUGUACCUUUCAGAUAUUGAGGUUAACAAUUUAGCAGAGAGAAUGAUCAAUUGGUUGAAACAUGGGGGAUAUUUAUUCUUCAGAGAAUCUUGUUUCCACCAAUCUGGAGAUUCCAAGAGAAAAUACAACCCCACUCACUACAGGGAACCCAGUUUUUACACAAAGCUAUUUAAAGAAUGUAAUAUGACGGAUGAUUCUGGGAAUUCUUUUGAACUUUCUCUUGCGGGCUGUAAAUGCAUCGGAGCUUAUGUUAGAAAUAAGAAGAAUCAAAACCAGAUUUGCUGGAUAUGGCAGAAAGUUAGGUCACAACAUGAUAGGGGAUUCCAGCAGUUCUUAGAUAGAGUUGAAUAUAGUCAGAAGAGUAUCUUACGAUAUGAGCAUGUGUAUGGCCGAGGCUUUGUAAGCACCGGAGGACUUGAAACGACAAAAGAAUUUGUGUCGAUGCUAGGACUAAAGCCUGGUCAGAAAGUGCUUGAUGUUGGUUGUGGUGUUGGGGGAGGUGAUUUUUACAUGGCUGAAAAUUUUGAUGUUGAGGUCAUUGGCAUUGACCUCUCCAUAAAUAUGAUUUCUCUUGCUAUUGAACGAGCUAUUGGACUGAAAUACAUGGUUGAAUUUGAUUGCGCCGAUUGCUGUAAAAAAACAUAUCCUGAUAAAACAUUUGAUGUAAUCUACACUCGUGAUGCCAUGUUACACAUCAAAGAUAAGCCAACAGUAUUCAGAUCAUUUUACAAGUGGUUGAAGCCUGGAGGUAAACUUCUAAUUACUGAUUACUGUAAAAGUGCUGGAAGUCCGUCUUUAGAAUUUGCUGAGUACAUUAAGAAAGGAGGAUACUAUAUCCAUGACAUGAAAGCCUAUGAGCAGAUGCUCGAGAAUGCUGGUUUUGAUGAUAUCAUUGCUGAGAAUAGAACUGAUCUGUUCGUGAAAACACUAAAGCAGGAGUUAGAGGCCCUUGAGAACAAGAAGGACGAUUUUAUUUGUGAAUUUGGUGAAGAAGACUACAAUGAAAUUGUGGAAAGAUGGAAGGCAAAGCAAAUCAGAGGUGAAUCUCUGGAGCAGAUGUGGGGGCUGUUCAUUGCCGAGAAAAAAUGACAUGCUUUAUUCUUAUCGUAUGCCUUAUUCUAGCUUUAUAUUUAAUCAUGUGUGAAAGGAUUUUUCUAAAUAACAUUUUGAAUAUCCGUUAUUUUUGUCUUGAACAAGAACUCAUGUAUUCUGAAUGCAAACACCCGUGAAUAGGAGUAUGCUAUUCCAUUUGAAUGCGGUGCUAACUAGGCAUUUGGAUCCAUGCUGAAAGUUGAAUAUCCUGUUUUUAUUUAGUUUGACAUAUUUGGUAAAUUUGCCAUGAUUGAA